AUGAUAUCGUCGACUUUCGCACCCAGUCUGUCUCGCAGGGACACUGGCAAAUCAAGUGUGGGACAUGACAGUUCAGGAGGAAGCAUCCCCCCUCCACUAACGAGUGGAGGGGGUUCGUUUGGGCCCCAGAGCGCCGGCGCCAUCUAUCAGCACAUCCACGACAUGGCUACGAAGCGAAUAUCUACUUUGGAUUACCUUCGAAAGACUCAUGAAGGUCGCAUCUAUUGGUUCAACACUGUACACUUCUCACGAGCAGACAUCAACCGAAUCUCCUAUUUUGACAGUCGGAAAUUAUCUCGCCGUGCCAUCAAUUAUUUGCUUCUUGGCCUGUCGUUACCGUCAAUCUUGGAUGUUAGUUCGACACCGUCAGAGUAUCUGCGUGCCUUGAACGCCCUUUUGAUAGAGUUCGAGGCGUUCCAACAAGUGCAUCCCCCUGAUGGCAGCUCGUCAUCAACACUCGCCAGAGCACGUAUCCCACAAAUGUUCAAAAGAGCUGCUCAUGCAGGAACCAAGGGUCGAAGGGCUAGUUCUGCAACCGAAAUCGGCCUACCCAUGCAAUCUAGCGAUCCGUCGGAUUUGAAAUCCAUGACCGGAAACAUUGCCACAUCCACCACGGCAGCAGCCGCUGUAGUCUCGUUCCCCCAUACGGAAGCUUCCGAGCUUCUUCCCGGAGAGGAAUAUUCCUAUCUUCUGACGCCCUCGUUGCCGUUCGAGCCAGACUAUUUUGAAACGUUCGCCACAUUAUGCGAUGUAUUGAUAGAUUGUUAUACCCGACUUACCUCUUUGGUCUCCACUCCAUCGAUUUGUACAGUUGCAUUGGGUGAGAUGUUCUCCAAAGCAGAUGCAAAGCUCCGAAAAAUUAUGGUGACAGGGGUGGUUCGGGAAUUUGAGGAUGCAAGCAGAAACAGUGCCAAGAACGAGAUUGCAGGUGUUAGUCGUGUUGUCCUGGGUGGACUCCUUGGCUAA